AUGUCACAAAUCAAAUACCGCGCAGCGUGCGACCAUUGCUCCGCCACCAAGAUCAAAUGCACACAAGAAAGACCACAGUGCGCAAGAUGCCGUGCCCUCGGCCGAGACUGCCACUACAGCAGAUCACUCCGGGCUGGCAAGCCUCCUCGCUCCAGUCAAGGCCUCAAUAGGAAACUCUCCAACCCACCGGUUCUCCCUCGACAGAGCACCCCCACAGAAACUAUUGUGGCGGCACCCUAUCCAACACCCCCAGCAGUUGUACCCAACAAUGGCGCAGAUGGCUUCCAGUUUCCAGAGUUACCACCGACGGACGGAAGCUCCUCAUCAACCUCGCCAAUGGGUCCAGAAUGGUUCUUCGACUUCAACAACGGCUCUGAUCUGAUCAAUGACCUACGACUACCAAAUCUACCCGAACAUGGUCACGAAAUCAACCCGUCCGAUCUAUCACCUGGCCACAAUAAGCAAGGCCAAACACCGUCGAGCAUGGAGUUCACCCGCUUCGAGGAUCUCAUCAACAUGCCGCCUCCAACUCCAGUCAUGAUCCCAAGCAGCAACAGCAGCAACAGCGACACCGACAAAUGCGCCAGACUCGCCACAGAAACUCUCCACAGCCUCUACGAGAUGCCAACCACUCACAUCGACUCCACCGGUGCCAAGCAACCAUCCGUCGACCAAGCGCUGAGCACCACCGCACGUGCGGUCCAGAACACCCACGACCUCAUCACCUGCUCCUGCGCCAAGGACUUCUACCUGCCCAUGCUGAUCGCCAUCAUCGCAUCCAAGAUCAUCGCCUGGUAUCAAGCCGUCGCAUUCGUGCGAGAUCCUUACACGGAGCUACCAGAGGGAAAGCAAUGCUCCAAGGAAGUCGUUGUCGAGGCACCGCUCACACUGGGCGCUUAUCAACUCGAUGAUAAAGUCGGCUGGGUGCUCAAGAACCAGAUCGUGCUGGGUCAGCUGCAGAGACUCAACGAGGUCAUUUCCCGCUACAAUGCUCUGUAUUGCGUUGAAGGCUCAUCUGGCCAUCUCGCGGAGGGAACCAGAUUGUACGGUUCUAUGGGCGGUUUCCUGAAAUCACGAUUGCAGUUUACCGUCCAGGAGAUCGAGAGCCGACUGAAGGCUAGUGGUCACGGCAGCCAGUGA